UAAAGGAACAGUUCACAUUUCAGAGGCGCCAUCUGGUUUUAUUGUAUGUUGUUACAAUUAUAUUAUAAUGGUUAUGGGCUAUGGUUACAAAUUAGUUAAAGUAUAAGUUUUUAUCUAAAGUACAAGCACACCGUAUGAUAUAGGCUUUGUUAUGGUCAGGGUAAUUAAAUAAAUACAUGUUUCUUUCGAUAAAGAAGAUUGUUUAAAUUCCAGUAAACUGGGACAAAAAGGACUUGUAAAACUUUUUCUUUUCCUGUUCAACCUUGCGCAUUGUGCGCUGCUAGUUUUUUUUUUCUUCUGUAUGAAAGGAUGCGGUUAAAAUUGCAAAGACAUUAAAUUACAGUGCCCUCCCAUGAUGAAAUGUAGUCAGACGCGAAGAACGGAAAGUUGUUUUUGUGAAAGGCGGCACUGAGAACGAUAACACUAGUUCUCUGCAGACAUAUCUUUUUAAGCAAUGGCCUGUACAUUGUUCAUUCUUUUGCUAAUACUUGACUCGACUCUGCAAGCUCCAACGCGUUGUCAGAAUGAAAAUACAGGAACGUCACCCACCAACGCUACCAGAAGACACAGACCUAACAUCGUGAUUGUUAUGACUGAUUCUUUUGAUGGCAGGCUGACAUUUGGCCCUGGGAACCUAACUGUGCAGCUCCCCUUUACUAACUACAUGAGAGAACAUGGGGCUGUCUUUCUCAACUCUUACACUAACUCCCCUAUCUGCUGCCCUUCAAGAGCAGCCAUGUGGAGCGGUAAAUUUGUUCAUUUAACAGAGUCUUGGAACAAUUACAAAUGCCUGGAUGAGAACUAUACAACAUGGAUGGACCUUCUGCAGAGGGAUGGUUAUUACACACAGAAAUUAGGAAAGGUGGACUAUAAAUCAGGGGACCACUCGCUCAGUAAUCGUGUGGAAGCCUGGACCAGGGAUGUGGAUUUUCUGCUGCGGCAGGAGGGCCGACCUGUGGCUAACCUGACGGGCGACGCGUCCACGGUGAAAGUGAUGGAGGAGGAUUGGAACGAGACAGACAGCGCCGCCCGGUGGAUACGGAGCGCCGCUGCAACGCUCUCCCAGCCCUUUGCUCUCUAUCUGGGUCUGAACCUCCCGCAUCCUUACCCAACACCAGCCAUGGGGGAAAACAAAGGAGCUUCAACUUUCCAAACAUCUCCCUACUGGCUUAAAAAGGUAUCUCGCCAACUCAUUACUGUUCCUAAAUGGUUGCCACUCAAAGAGAUGCAUCAAGUGGACUAUUACUCCACCUACACCAAGAACUGUAGCUGGCAUUUCACACAGGAGGAGAUCAAAGACAUCAGGGCCUUUUAUUAUGCAAUGUGUGCAGAGGCGGAUGCAAUGCUUGGGGAAAUUCUAUCGGCUCUUCGUGACGACAAAGUUCUCGGCGACACGUUUGUCAUUUUUACGUCGGACCACGGAGAGCUCGCCAUGGAGCACCGUCAGUUUUACAAGAUGAGCAUGUAUGAAGGAAGCUCCCACGUGCCUUUCCUUCUCAUGGGCCCCAAGGUGGAGGCAAAGCAGCAGAUUGCACAUCUCAUCUCACUGGUGGAUGUGUACCCUACAGUACUUGAUAUGGCUGGUACCUCUCUCCCCAGCAGGGUAAGUGGGCACUCCCUGUUACCCCUGCUGUCCCUCAAGGAUGCGCCCCAGGCAGGCCCGCUCCCCGACUGGGUGCUCAGUGAAUACCAUGGCUGUGAUGUGAACGCCUCCACCUACAUGUUGAGACGGGGCCAGUGGAAGUACAUUGCCUACGCUGACGGCUCUUCAGCGCCUCCUCAGCUCUUUGAUCUGUCUGCUGACCAGGAGGAGUUGCACAAUGUGGCAGCAAAGCUUCCUUCAAUCACAGCAAGCCUGGACAAGCUGCUUCGCUCCGUUGUGAACUACCCUGCGGUGUCCAAGGCUGUGCACCAGUACAACAAGCAACAGUUCAUCUCCUGGAAAAGCAGUCUGGGAAACAACUACACAGAUGUCAUAGCUAACCUUCGAUGGCACACGGAUUGGCAGAAAGAUCCGAAAAACUACGAGAAUGCAAUUAAGAAAUGGCUUCAAGGAGACUUAUAGAGCUUUUGGAAAUGCUUUAUAGCAGCUUGUAGGCAGGACUUUACAAAGGGAUGUACUGUAGAUGCCCUUAGGGUCAUUCAUUUGCAAACUUUACAAACUGUACUUCACACAAAACUAAACGAAUAUUACAGUGUACCUGACCUCUGAUGGUACACAGUAAAUAAAACAUGUGGCUCUUUCUGUCAUUACAUUUUAUUGGAGUUUCACUUCAAUAUUAUGCAGUGGUUGUCAUUUUUGUAAGUAUUAUUUUCAAGCUUUGGUGUCACUUACAACAUGGUACAAUUACUAUAGUAGAUUCCUGUUAGUCCCAUUCAUUCUGGUGGAUUCACAACUCAAUUAUUGUUAUUAUUUUUUUUUUUAUUAAAUUGUAUUUAUAUAUCGCCAGGGCCGGAUUAAAGGAAGUGGGGGCCCUAUGCUAACCCAUAUUUUGGGGGCCCUGUGUAUAUUAUGGUGAAUGGUGUUACUGGCAUAUUGGUUAAUCCGGCCCUGCGUUGGGGACAGAGUGUGUGAGCGGAACGGGGAACAGAGCAAGCCAAGUGUAUAUGGAGUGGGAGAGCGGAGCGGACAUUUCUAGCCUGCUCUUUCACAGCACUGAGAACUGAGCACUGUUUUAUUUUUCUUAAAUACAUGUUCGGCCUUGGAGUUUACACAAAAAAUUUAAAAAAGAAGGUGAUUGGCAUUGCACUUUAUAAUUCACUAUGGAGGGAAAAAUAUAUAUUCUCCCGAUUGUGGCACUGCCAUAUAAAACAUCAGUGUGUCCACCUCUGUCUGCGGUUAUUAUAUAGCCUGUAUUGUUUUUAUACAGUUCUGCUGUAAUGCACCAAUACAGCACUGUGAACACGGUUUAUAUUUUCUGCACUCUUAAGGAUAGUUUAUACACUAGACUCACUCAUAUGUGUUUGUGGGUUGCUCUGAGCUCCCUAUGAGAUAUUCUGAUACAAACAAGCCCAGCAUGAAGCUAAUUUGAUACGAAUCGUAUGCAAAGUUUGAAAUAGGCGAGUACAUCAUACACGACAUCGUAGGAAUCUGUUAAUUGCCGAUGAUAUAUUCUCAGUUAGCACACUUAUUGCACACUGCACUGUACUUCUUAUUCUCAUAGCACACUUAUUGCACACUGCACUGUACUUCUUAUUCUCAUAUAGCACACUUAUUGCACACUGCACUGUACUUAUUCUCAUAUAGCACACUUAUUGCACACUGCACUGUACUUCUUAUUCUCAUAUAGCACACUUAUUGCACACUGCACUGUACUUAUUCUCAUAUAGCACACUUAUUACACACUGCACUGUACUUCUUAUUCUCAUAUAGCUCACUUAUUGCACACUGCACUAUACUUCUUAUUUUUUUUCUAUUUGCCAAAUAUAAAUACUAUUGUGCUUUCAUACAUUUUAAGAAUUCUGAAUAGUUUUUCAAUAAUGGUUAUUAUAUAUUUAGCCUUCAGGCUAUGCAUGCAUAAAGCUAAAAACGCCCACUGGUAAAUUCUAGAAUAUUCAAUAUACAGUAUAUCACUCUCUUAAGACUAAAACAUAAUUUCUAUACCUUAUAGCAAUGCAUCAACAUUAGUUCUUACCUUCCAAAAUAAAUGGCAGUGUAGAAUAUAAGGACUGGAAAAAUAAGAACUGUCUUCAAAAGGUAGAGACUUCUAAAUUUGACCAAACAGCAAUCAGUUUUUCAGAGACCGUCAGAGCAUGGAUCACAUCAGCUUGUAGUUAGCAAGUCGAGAGAUAUCGAAUGGGGUCUUGCUUUGGGCUUAUAUAGGACUUUCCCUCCAUUGAAGUCCCAAGUAAAUCUAAUCAUCACUCGGCCUUGACAUCUCUUAUCUUUAAGUUAGUGAUACAUUCAAGAAGGACCUGGUCAACUCCUUUUUUAAAACUGAUUGGAUAUAACUUCUUGCCAAAAAAUAUUGGAACAUGAUUUCCUCGCUCUCUUUUUCCAACUCCUCCUUUUUCUAAAAAGUCAGGUGGACCAAAGUUCACAGAAUCCUUGCUAUAAUAUAAUACAAGUAUAUGUGUAUAUAUGAGAGAUGUUUUUAAUAUGUAACACCAGCUCUAUUUGAUUAUAUUAACCUAGGUCAAAAUGAUAUGUCCCUCUUAGCUGCAUAUUAUGUUACCUUUUCAGUGUGUUGUCAAUGGGCCAGUUUAACUUCAUAUACAAAUGUGUGUUAACAAAAUAUGGGACAAAGACUGCCUUUGAAUAAGCAUACGUGGUCAGUUCAGUUAGUUUCAUUUAAAUUUAAGCUAUAACAAACAUGUUAAGUAUAAUAGCCUUAUUUAACUGUGCCAUUCUCGUAUGCCUGACCUCUCUGUUUCUAAAAGUUGCCUGCUCAAGCACGAUUCAGACACCCUGUUUUCUUGCCAAGACUAUUGUUUUGAUUAAUAUGAAACACCAUUGUAAGCACUUCUCAAAAUUCACCGCAUGAAGUCAGUUUUCUCCCAAAGAAAGUCGCUACUUAUUUGAUAAGAACUGAUACUGGACACAACUCCCCUAAUUUGUGGAAUGCUCGCUUCGACUGCCAGGUUUUCUUAUCAUAGAAAGAACUUGGAUUCAAAACUGUGGACUACAAGUAAAUCUCACUUUGACUGCCAAAAAGAACCUUCAAUAUCUAGCACCACUUCGCUUGCAAGCAGAUAAGGGCAAGGCUAUUUUUCUGUAGGUUUUUUGUGUACUAAAAUUAUUGAAUUCAGUUUACACUUUAUUCCAACCUAACAGUUGUUUUUUAUUGCAAUAAAACCUUUAUAUAAAGUAAA